CAGUUGUCAGUCUUAGGCGGUUGUUGUUAGUGAGUGUGUGGACUCGUCGUAAUUAGUGAACAAUCAUUAUUUAGUUUGUUGCUUAGUUAAAGUCGAUAAUGGCGUCAGUGUCUACGCCGGUUAACACAAUUAAUAGAGAGAACUUGAUGCUAUUGAUUAGAAAUAAUGUUUUGAACACGUCGCUCGAGUUCAACGACCCUGAUGUGAUGGAGACAGAGUCGCCGGUGAGGAAGCCGAGCAACCUGCGACCGGUCAUCAAGAAACUGUUCCAUUCACCGAUCACCUCACAGGCCUCGCAGGAGAACGCGGAGAUGAGGAGUCUGUCCAGCAAGGAGAGGAGGAGGAAGAGGAAGAGGAGGGAGCUGCUCAUCGGCUCCGAGGAUAACAUUAGGAUGGCGUACAUGAGCGAGGCUGAGGGAGGGAGUCCAGAAGCUUGCGGGGCCAUGAGGAAGAGAGUGCUGAUCAGUCUGUUUCAUAACAAAGAGUAUUGCAUGGAGACGGGAGAGUGAGAUGUGCCGUAUACACAGACUCCACAAGGUAGUACAACCUAUACAAGUCUGUAAGCCAUACAAAUCAGUCUCAACAAGGUAGCUACGUAUUUUACAGAUAGCGUCGCAGUCACGAAUUCUUUUUUAUUUAAACUGAGUUCUGUUACUUAAGAGUGUUUUAGCGGUUAUAUUAUACUUUAUUUAGUUAAUAUUAUAUUUUUAAGUAUCUCUGUCUUCCUCUUAAAGAUUAAUGUUUAUAUAUAAAAGAAAUCUUUUAUAGAAAAUAUAUAGUUUUAAAUGAAAUUUAUAUAAAGAAUUAUUGUCUCUAACAUGAUAUAAU